GGCCCAGCUGUCAUCUCCUCUUCCUUCUCCCGUGCUUAUCCUCGCUCCCGAAGCCUCCCGAACCGGCCAGCUCACUUCCGUGCUCAAGUCGCCCACGCCUCUCCCUCUCCCUCUCGUGCGUGUGCUGAGCCAUGGCUGCCACGGCCACGAGCCGAGCUCGCCCCUGCCGGAGCCCCAUGUCCCCCAAACCCUAGCCCCCUUCCUCCAUUGCUGCCGCCACCCCAAGCUCCGCUUGCCGCCGGCCGCCGUCGAUUGCCUCCUCCGGUGCCCCGCUGGAGCUCUCCUAUCGGCGCUGCCUGUUCUUGUUGCGCCGUCCCCUCCGCCGCCGUUCCUGCAGUCUGUGUCGCCGUGACUGAACCGUCGGAGGUCGAACCCGUGGAGCCCACCGAGUCCGUGGAGCCUGAACCCAGAGCCCCGUUCGUGGUCGAGUCGGAAGUUAACCCAGGCAAGCAGCUAAGCAUAUUCCUUGCACCUACUUAAUCUGAUUUAGUUUAGCUAUCUCACCGGGUAAUGUUGGGUUAUAUAUAUUAUGUAUGUAUUGCAUUUUUAUACCUAUCUUUAUGCAUAAUCCAUCCUUGAUUUGUUAUUCAUAUCCUUGGCACUAGUUAGACAGUUAAUAACUUAAUCUGACUAGAUGCUUAGCCCUGCUUAGAAUACUCAUAUUACUUGCUAGAAAGGAAUGGUUUGGAGUAUCACACUUACCGAGAGUUCUUGAUCGCACUGGUUUGGUUUGGUGUCUAGUAAAGUAAUAGUACCGAGAUUCGAGCGGAAUGGUAGGGCCUAGAGAAUGAAGUCACAUGGGCAUAGUCCGCUUGGAUCGAUUAAGGACCGAGUUGAUGCCAUCGGCCUUGAGCACCUUUCCGUGCUACCACAUAUCCAAUAUAAUGGAACGGAUGAGCCAAUUACCUUCUUUGACUUUAUCAUUGAGGCCCGGUCCCAGAUACGUGGCCAUGGGCUAUGCAGGGAGGCUUAGCGGGUCCCCGAGUGGACCCAUGUGUAGGAAUAUUUAGAGAUGUCCUCGGUGGAACUAAGUCUCCACGCGUAAGCUGGGCGUACCCUCAACGGUCGAGCCAUGUUGGGAACGGUUGACGUGAGUACCCCCUUAUCCAACUUUGGCCGGUUGGGUGAGUCGCAUGGUCCUUGCGUCGUGUGGGUAAAGUAGUACACCCUUGCAAGGAUAUAAUCAAUUCGAAUUGCCGCGCUCUCGGAUAUGAGCAAGCUCUUGGUUCGUCGAAUUCUUCAUAGAGAGUUUCGGUAUUGUUGGCUUUGGUAUCAUAUCAUGUUGAUGAUCUUUUAUAGUAUAUUACUCUUUUAAUCAACUAAAAGUGUUUGGGGUUUGGGCAAGAUUAUUUAAUUCUGAUAGGUGAUAGCAUAGAGAGCUAAUGCUUAUGCAAUAAUUACUUAACCUUAAAGCUUUUACUUGAGCCAUUGCAUUAUCCUUGUCUAUUUAUUUGCGUAAGUCUUGCGGAGUACCUUUGUACUCAGGGUGCUUCUAACCCUAGUUGCAGGUGAACCCGAAGUGGUGUUCGACCACUUCUACCCCGCCGAUUUAGGCGCGGGGGAGGAGUAGGUCGUUGAGGCUGGGAUGGUGUCCUUGAGCAAGACAUCAUCAUUGUAGUAAGUUUCUUCGUAAUCGAACUCCGUGAGAGCAUGUAAAUAUAAUAAUCCUUAAGUUUCUGAUUAAUAUGGUUUCCGUGAGCCCAAGGUUUGUAAUGAAGUUAGGGUGAACCCACCUAUAUCAAAUUUGUAAUAAUAAGUGAAUAAAAUUGCUCUUUGUGGAUCAUCAGCAAUGUAUGCGUUGGUAUAGCGGUACGUGUGCUUAAUCCUGGGCAUGUGGCAAACACGUACCGGGACUACCGGGUUUGCUCUCGUUCUGGGUGAAGUGUGUUGAUUAAGUGCCUCUAAGGCGUGGAUUAGCAUGUGGCGUGUCGAGAGACGGACACGUGCUAGCCCUCGUCUUAAAGGAUUAAUCAAUAAUUUCACCUAAACCGAGGGUAAAUUGGGCGGUUCUCACAGGCUGUAUGCUUACUCGGUCUGGAGAGGCAGACAGGCACGGAUGGCCGAUCCGGUGGCCAUCGUGGACAGGAUCGUGAAAAUCAGGCUCAAGAUCAAGGAGGCAGCGGACAAGGCUCACCAGAACGAGGAGGUGUGCAGGGAGAUCAGGAAGCGCGUGCUCAGGUUCAGCGCUAUCCUGUCGCGGCUGCAGCAGCAGACAGGCAUGGCGGACAGCGACCCGGCGAUGAGCGGCGCGCUGCAGGACCUGGAGGCGACCCUGGAACGCGCCCUGGAGCUCGUCACGGCCUGCCAGGAUCGGAGCAUCCUCCGCCGCCUCGUCACGGCGGGGGUCCUGGCCAAGCAGCUGCGCGGGGUCAACGACGACAUCUCGAACAAGGUGAUGCUGGCGUCCUUCGCCAUCAACACCCACACCACCAUCAUCUUGUUGACUAAUCAGGCUGGUGUUCGUCGUCCACCGCCGCGUCAACCAGAGGAUACAGGGCUUAUGGAGAUAUCCCAUAAUCAUUCACCUGAUGAUGCCAGGUAUCAACAGGAUGGUGCGGAAAACGACAUAGUAAGCGGAAGUCAGGGGUCGUUUGCUCCCUUAGUAGGAGCCUUAAGAAAGUUCAGGUUGUCUGAGUUGAAAACCGCUACAGAUAGAUUUUCAGACGCCAAAGCCAUUGGGUCUGGUGGCUCAGUUACUGUCUACAAGGGAGUACUAAAUGAUCAGAACGUGGUCGCCAUCAAGAAACUUCGUUCGGAGCCUCGCUUAGGUUGGGCACACACUUACAACCAACUUCUUCUUGCUUCCAAGCUUCAGCACAGAAAUAUAGUGAAAGUUCUAGGAUACACCCACGAAGAUGAAGAUACAUCUUUCCUGGCGUGGUUGAGAGGUAGAAAAAGUCGGAACAGAGAAACAAGAUAUAUUUGGGUCGAAGAGUAUAUGCCAAUGGGAAACUUGCACGACAUUAUUUAUAAUCAAGAGCUCCGACCUGAUUGGUCCACGCUCAUCCGGAUAAUUGAGGGUGUAGCGCAGGGCGUACAUUACCUGCAUGAGCAUCGCAUUCUCCAUUUGGAUCUGAAACCAGCCAACAUCCUCUUGGAUUGCCACAUGAAUCCUAAGAUUACGGAUUUUGAUCUAGCUAGAUUGUUGGGUGACAAUGAUAAUGAGAGCACCCACGUUAAUCCAAACACUAUUGGUAUGGAUCUUGAGACCACUGAUUUUGGACUAAUUGAAGCGAUGGAUGAUAAAAUGACCACAAACGUCACCGGCAUAGCAGGCACAUUUGGUUAUCUAGCUCCAGAGUAUGUGAUAAAUGGCACUGUGUCAGCAAAGAGAGAUGUGUACGCUUUUGGCAUCACACUUCUUGAGACCGUUGGCUGCAUCCGCAGCAGAUUUAACGGAUCGAGAGACCACCCUAUAGGUCGAUGGGCUUGGGAGGCCUGGGAAGAUGGUCUAUUGGAGGAGGAGUUCGAUCCAGAACUGUUUGACGAGUAUCAGUUAGGGGAGAUUAAAAGGUGCAUAGAGGUAGGGCUCCUAUGCGCUCAAAGUGAUCGGGCGGACCGGCCCAGCAUGGCGGAUGUUGUUGCGAUGCUCAAUGCUGAGAAAGAGCUGCCGACCCCAAAGAAACCGGAGUACAUCAGACUUGGCAAAGGAAGGCGGUCAGCCAGCUUCAAUCUCAGCCAAGGAAGGCGCUCAGCCAGCUCUAGUCUCAGCCAGCAGGCUGAGAGCCGAUUAAAUCCUUUGCAAAGUCUUGCCUCGUCAGGAAGAUCAUCAUUUACAGUCUUAUCAACCGUUGAUUUGAGUGACUAUAAUUAUUUCUUGGAUGAGACCGAAGAAGAUGAUUUGAUUGGGAUGGUAGAACAUCAGAGCCAACAGCAUGACCUCCAACAGAGGGAGCUGCAGCAACAGCAUCGUGAGGAUCAACUAAAGAGGUGGGAGGAGGAUCUAAAUUGGCGUGAGCAGUAUCUCAAGAGGCAGGAGGAGGAAGUUCACUUGCGGGAGGUGCAACUUCUGAGGCGGAGGGCGGCUCUCCUUGGUGGUCAAGAGGUGCAGGCCAAUAAGAACAGAAAAUAUCCUCGUUGGACUCAAUAAAUUUUGCAUGAAGAACAGUGAGACAUUUAACAUACAUUGUGUACAUUUUUGUUAAAAUAAUGAACAGAGUAUAUAUACUUAGAAAACUAGUAGCCUGUAAUUAGUUAUUAGUAUGUUAUCCGUACACGUUUUGGCCCUCUGAUUGUUUGUCGUGAUAAACUCCACCAUGCUGUUUAUUUUUUUAGCAGAAAUUCCAUGAUGUUAAGAGAA